ACAUAGCAAACCAAAUACAGAAUGUUCAGCAUAGGACAAAGCUCGAUGCUGAAAGCAGCUUUCUUCAAUGGAGCUAAAUUUACCAAUUUUGUUCGUGGAAUAGCAAAUUUGGGAUUCUUACAACCAGCCGAAGGAUCCACUGCUUAUGUCAGACGUGUGGGUCGUGGUGCCUCGUCUGGAAGAGGUAAGACUUCCGGUAGAGGUCACAAGGGUCAGAAGGCCAGAGGUAGUGUUCCUGUAUGGAUGGAAGGUGGUCAAACUCCAUAUUUCAAGAGAUUCCCAAUGACUGGGUUCAACAGAGCACAUAGAAAAAUAUAUCAUGAAUUGAAUUUGGAAAGAAUUCAAACUUUCUGGGAUAAUGGAAGAAUUCCAUUGAAGGAAGGUGAAACUUUGACUAUUAAGGUCAUGAGAGAUAGUGGAUUAAUUACCGGUAACUUAAAGGAUGGUGUCAAGAUUUUAGCCAACGGUAAGAAUGAUUACAAUGUUCCUUUAAGUGUCGAGGCUUCUAAAGCAUCUGAUUCUGCUAUCAAGAUCAUUGAAGGAUUAAACCAAACCUUUACUUCUAGAUACUUCACCAAGUUAUCAUUGAAGGCUCAUGUUGACCCAGAUUACUUUUUAUUGAGAAAAGGAUAUGUUCCAAUACCUGCUAGACCAACUCACAAAAGAGACAUUAAAUAUUAUUCCAAUCCAGAUAAAAGAGGUUAUUUAUUAAAUGACAGAUCAUUGUUAUUAGAUCACAUGGGUCGCCCCACUCAUGCUAGAGUUGUUAAAAAGUCCAAGACCACAUUCAAAGAUCUCUUAGAUGCUGCUUCUACAUCCAGAAUAGAAUCCACCCAAAAGAGAGUUCGUCUUGCUGACCUUUAAAUAGUUUUACUUGUAAAUAAAUAUAAAUACACAUUCAAAUAACAAUGCUAUAUAACCGGGACUUCCACAUCUACAAAUAAUUCUAAAAGGUUUUCCACAAUAACUUGGAUGUCGUUCAACCUUAUGGGAGUCUUUUUCUGUGCACUCAGUUUGUUAAAAUUGUAGUUGUAUUUUCGAAGGGCAAACAACGCCGCCUUGUAGGUCAUUUGAUGUAUUUCCUUGAUAGUCAACUUGUCAUUAAAGGAUUCAACCAUAUUAGCUGAGAGUCCUCGCAUUCUUAAUCCAGAAAGAAUAAUUUUGUUAAUGGCAGUAUUGAUUUGUUCUUGGGUAGUAAGGGUCAGUGAACUUGAACUUACAUGCAGAGACUGACUAGUACUUACCAAGAAAGGGUUUGGUUUCAAUUUCUUCUUUUCUAGUACUUUGUCAAAGAUGAUGGAAGACAGUGUACGUUUUGCUUUUGUUAUUACAUUUGAAGUUGUAGUCUCACUAAUCAAGCUAUCAAGUUUAGAUAUAUUCCCGAGAUUUAGUAUCAAUGCUUUAAUUUGUUCCGAUUGUCGUUCAAAGUAGAAAGCAAGGUAAAUGUCGUGGGCUGCAUGAACCAACAAACCCAAUGUAUCAUUGUUGUCAAGUAGCGAAAACCUUAGUAAAUGCUGCUUAAAAUAGGUGUUAGUAUUUAGAUCAUUUGAAAAGACAGCCAACGACUUUCCAAAUAACAAAUACAACGGUAUGCGAGUAACUUUAAUAUAGUGUGGUGAUUGAAAUAAUUGUGCAGUAGGAAUCAACUUUGGUAACUCUUUUGCCACGGUAACAUCGUCAGUCCAUAGCUGAAUAUCGUCGAUAGUGUGGCCAGAUUGGCUUUGAAAUCGGAUAGUAGUAACUUGAUUCAUUCAAAUACGCUAUAAACCUUUGAUAGAGACCAUAUUCUAGUGGUGAAUCAGGUU